AUUGAUUUUUUAAUGUAAUUCCUAUCGCUACAACAAUUUAGUGCCCGCAAACAUAUGUUUGAAUUUGAUAUCUGCUACUAUAACUAACUAAGAAAAUUUCGUUGGCAGAAAUUUAUUGAAGAAUGGAGCAGAUUUUUUUGGCCAAGGAAAAUCCAGUAUCGUCGAUAUCCAUCAAAAAGAAUGCAUUGUCUAUUAAUAAUAGUAGCAUAAAACAAAAUGCCAGAAAAUUAGUUCUGGGAAAGCUGGAAAAUGUGAUGCAUCAAAACCAAACGCCAUUUAAAAGUGAUUCCAUAUCAUUCCCUAAGAGCGUUGCAAAAUUGCCACUUCAGAAUUUCCAUAGAAAUUAUGAUAAUGAACGUGGAGAAGCCAUUCUGAAAGUUACACCUAAUUACUUGGGUUUCUAUUCUUUAAAAAAUGAAAUAUGUUCCCAGAGUGCCUAUGAAAACUUAUUUGAUUAUAUGGACUUUUCAAGUACGAAGUGCUUGAAUAAAUGCUGGAGACCUUUACUUUUUGUCGCUAAUGAUCAUUUCGCAAAAGGAGGUCGACAUGUACAUUCGUAUUUAACAAUUGCUGAAAUAUGGUUGGAUAAUCAAUCUGGUAGAACUACUUUUACUCAAACGAUUUUAAAUGAUCUUGGCGACUUAGUAGAAACUUUGGAAACUGAGUGCUGCAUCUCAAUAUACAAUGUUUUUUGUGACAACUUUGACAGGGACAAUUGUUCCAAACAAGAUAUUGAUAACACUGGGACUGAACAAUGCGAGUAUAAGUUGGACUCACAUAUGGCGCUGCCAAAUUUAGAUGAUAUAGAUAUACCUUUUUAGACAUGAUAAAUUAAGCACGCUGACGUCCUAUCGGGCGUUUGUCUCUUACUAAAUUAAUAUACUUUAAAAAAAAUUUUAAAUUGGCAUUCCCUUGUUUUUUGAUGUGCCCAUUACAUAUGUUAGUUAAAGUCACCAAUAAAAUUUUAAUGAUAUAUUAACAGUU